AAAGGAAGCGUUUUAUGGUGAAUGCUGGAGUGACCUCAUAGCGUUCCGUACUCUGGCUCCCCCAAGGCACAGCUAGAGAGAGGGAGAGAGAGACGACGAGGCAGAGGGGGAAAGGCUAGGGCACAAAAAACCCUAUGCUGUAUUUAAUGUGUAGUGUGCAGGAUAUAAAUAAAAGCUGGAGUAGCGACAUUGAUCGUUCCCCAUGUCGCGCUUCCCUUUUCGCCGGAGCAAUGAAGAUAUUAGGAUAACAAAGCCUGCUAAAAUAGUACCCAUUGUCAUUCACCGUGGGUAGCCACCUAGCUGUGUCGUGGUUCCGGUUCCACACUAUUUUCCCCCCUUGCAGUAAAACGUAGUUAGUCUAGGACGAUCGGAAGGACUGUCGCAGCCGGGGAUCGGGACGGGGACAGGGGGCGAGGCAAAGCGGCGAGGGCCGGGAGACUUCCGGGGGUUCAGGGCGGCAUCGAGGGAGCCGCGAACGUCGCUCUUGGGAAGGACGGGCAUCGUCAGCAUCCAGGCUCAGCCGGGGGACACGGGCUUAAUUUAGGGGGGGGGCGAUUUUCAACAUGUCCAGAAAAGUGCAGAGGACCGAAGUCUGCGCCGACUGCAGUGCCCCAGAUCCGGGCUGGAGCAGCAUUAACCGAGGAGUGUUUAUCUGUGAUGAGUGCUGCUCCGUGCACCGCAGCCUGGGCAGGCACAUCUCUAUCGUCAAGCACCUGCGUCACAGCGGCUGGCCCCCGGCACUGCUGCAGAUGGUGCAAACCCUGGCCAGCAAUGGGGCAAAUUCCAUCUGGGAGCACUCACUGCUGGACCCAGCUCAGGUGCAGAGUGGCCGGCGGAAGCCCAACCCACAGGACAAAGUGCAUCCCACCAAGUCAGAGUUCAUUCGCGCAAAGUACCAGAUGCUGGCCUUUGUCCACAAGCUUCCGUGUCGCGAUGAUGACGGCGUGACUACCAAGGACCUCAGUAAGCAGCUGCACUCCAGUGUGCGGACCGGCAGCCUGGAGACCUGCCUGCGGCUGCUUUCCCUCGGGGCUCAGGCCAACUUCUUUCACCCGGAGAAGGGCACCACCCCCCUGCACGUGGCCGCGAAGGCUGGUCAGGUGCUGCAGGCAGAGUUGCUGGUGGUGUAUGGGGCCGAUCCCGGCGCCCCUGACAUCAAUGGCCGCACACCGAUGGACUAUGCCAGGCAGGCCGGCCAGGUGGAGCUGGCCGAGCGGCUGGUGGAGUGUCAGUAUGAACUCACCGAUCGGCUGGCCUUCUAUCUGUGUGGCCGGCGCCCGGAUCAUAAAAAUGGCCAUUACAUCAUCCCACAGAUGGCAGACAGAGCUCGCCCUAAGUGCCCGACGCAGAGCCUGGACCUAUCAGAACUGGCAAAGGCAGCCAAGAAGAAACUCCAGGCGCUGAGCAACCGCUUGUUCGAGGAGCUGGCCAUGGACGUGUACGACGAGGUGGACCGCCGGGAGAACGACGCAGUGUGGCUGACGACCCAGAACCACAGCACUCUGGUGACUGAGCGCAGCGCUGUGCCCUUCUUGCCAGUCAACCCCGAGUACUCAGCCACCCGUAACCAGGGCCGUCAGAAGCUGGCACGCUUCAACGCACGGGAGUUCGCGACCCUCAUCAUCGACAUCCUGAGCGACGCCAAGAGACGCCAGCAGGGGAAGGGACUCGCGAGCCCCGUGGACCCGCUGGAUCUUGUGCAUGGCGACGACGACCAGCACGACUACGACAGCGUAGCGUCGGAUGAGGACACAGACAGCGAGCUGACGACCCAAAAUAACAACGGUGCCCAGCGCAACAACCCGCGCCAAGGUAGCAUGGACUCCUCUGACCUAUCGGACGGCCCCAUCACGCUGCAGGAGUACCUGGAGGUGAAGAAGGCCUUGGCCUCCUCAGAGGAGGUACAGCAGCUGAUGAAGGUCAACAACAACCUCAGUGAGGAGCUGCGGCGUCUGCAGAAGGAGAUCUCCAGGAUGCAGAUGGAGAACAGUGCAAUGCGGGGGGGCCAGGAGGGAGGGGGCAUGCUUCAGGGAGCGGGUGGCGGGCCGGGCCUUUGGCCCGGAGCAGUGGCUCGCGGGGCAGGGGAUGCCGGCUUCAGUGCCUCUCCUGCCCCGGCCAUACACAGGAGGGACAGGCAGGCCAUCUCGAUGUACGAGCCCGGCGCGGCACCCCCCAAGGCCCUCUCCCCUGCCCUGGACCCCCUUGCCGGCCGCCUGCAGCCCCUGCACCCCAGUGUGAGGAGGGGUGUGUCCACAGGCCCCACCCCCUACAGCGGCCUCCAGCUCUCAGGAUCGACUGAGGUGGGCCGCUACAUGGCCCCAAAAGGAGAGAAGCAUACCAGUGGUACUGACAGCGACUAUGACAACACCCAGACCUAUGACCUGUCAGUCAGUGCGGGCCGCAGCAGCGAGGAGGAGGUCCGGGCUGAGAUGGAGGACGGGGCCUUCGGAGAGGCGGGUGAGCCAGACCCCACGCUGCCCUGCACCGAGGAUGUUAUCCUGAAGACGGAACAGGUGACCAAGAACAUUCAGGAGCUGCUGCGGGCCGCACAGGAGUUCAAGCAUGACAGCUUCGUGCCAUGCUCAGAGAAGAUCCACUGCGCUGUGACUGAAAUGGCCUCCCUGUUCCCCAAGCGGCCAGCGCUGGAUGCAGUGCGCUGCUCUCUGCGCCUCCUGGCCGCCAGUGCGGCCCGGCUGCAGGGGGAGUGCCGCAAGGCGGCACCAGCCGAAUCGUCAGUAGCCCCCGCCGCCCAGCCUGUCGACUACCAGCUCCUCACACAGCAAGUCAUACAGUGCGCCUAUGACAUCGCGAAGGCUGCCAAGCAACUGGUUACCAUCACCACCCGCGAGAAGAAACAGUGAGUGGAGGAUGGGAGA